AUGUCUGUGUCUAUGCAGAUGUUGGCCAUCUUGGUGUUGAUGAACAGCCUUCACGGAGAUACAUUGCAAGAUGAUGAUACAAGUGAUCAGGAUCUGUGUGACGCUGGUUGGAUACGUAACGGUAAUGCAUGCUACCAACUAGUUGAAUCUACCGUCGACUAUACUACAGCCCUUGAUGCGUGCAGAAAUCUCAAUGACUACGGUGAUCUGGCGAGCGUAGCUGAUCAAGACGAAAGCAACUUUCUUUUCGUAUUAUCGAGCCGCACCUUUGGUACGAAUUAUUACUGGAUUGGGUUCAAUGACCUCAAUGAAGAGGGAACUUGGGCAUGGACUGAUGGCUCAGUUUCAUCUUAUACCAACUGGUAUUCUGGAGAACCAUCUGGUGGAUCUGAACAUUGUGGUGUAUUACGAUGGAGUUCAGACGGCACAUGGUAUGAUGCAGACUGCUCGUCAACAUACGGCUACAUCUGUAAAUACCCGCUAAACACCAUUUCCUGUGCUGAAUGGAAGCGUAAAGGUUAUACAUCUGAUGGAUACUACACAAUAGAUCCUGAUGGGAGAAAUAAUGGAGUCGAUCCAUACAGAGUAUACUGUGAUAUGACUACGGAUGCUAGCACAGGUAUUACGACGUUCGAGCACCAAGAGGCGAAUCGAUCUUUGGUAACAGAUGCAGAGGCGCCUUUUAGUUUCAUCCGAAACAUUAUUUAUGGUAACAAGUCGGUUAAUCAAGUGGCUACCGGCGCCGAUAUCAGCGGAGAGUGCUACCAAUAUAUCAAGGUAGGGUAACACCGAGGGUUCUACUUUUUUCUCAAAGUUCCUUGAUGGUAUAUAUCUAUCUA